UAUUCCACUCUGUUUUGUGUGUGUGGUGUGAAACAGAGAGUUGCGAAGAAUACGAGUGAUCUGACGACCAAGUGUUACUUCGCGAAGAGGAAACUGGUCUGGGAGAUAUUGGAAGGAGGGUUGAAGAGGAAGAUGGAAAUGCAGUGGUCUGAUAUCAUCGCCAUUGACGCCUGUAUUCGUGAAAAGGAGCCUGGAGUUCUUCGUAUCGAGUUGAAUCAGUGUCCAAGUUUCUUUCAAGAAAAGGACCCGCAGCCGAGAAAGCACACAAUCUGGAUGCCGACAUCGGAUUUCACAGGCGGCCAAGCUUCGAAAUGCAGGUGA